AUGUCGACGGCGCGGGAAUCCAAUGAUGCCCAUCUAUAUGAUGCCGCGUGGGACAGCGUAUGCGCUGCCAAGCAACUGAAAACUUCCCUUCGCCAAUCUAUUGGUGAAGAUGAUAUUGGCCUUCCGAGGAGCUCAUCCAAGCGUAAACUGUCGACCGCGGAUGACGAUAAUGAGUCAUCUAUUUCCCACUCCGGGCUCUCCCUUGCGGACUCGUACUUUGAAGAUACGGAUUACACGCCGAUUCCCGACACGGAGACUCCGCCGAAACGACUUAGAUCCAACGAUUGGCCGCUCCCAAACAAGAACUCGGUGCUGGCGGAAAAUCGGGCCGUCGGGAACAGUACCCGACCUGUACUGAGAUCAAAAAGAGGCCAAUACGUGCAUGAUACGCGCUGGCCGUCUGCCAUUUCUCCGGGACGUCGAUCACGAUUCCUAGAAGGUAGCAUGCGAGAUCGUGCUAGCGUAAAGCCACCUCCAGAAUUUACCGGUGAGAUUGAUGAGGUUUCAGCGUCUUGUUUGGCAGAUGAGGAGACAAAUCACGAAUAUUCGCCGCACAAGUCGUUCUAUCAGAUGCGUGCAAGAACCUCGGCUCAUCUAAACUCUCCCCCUUUGCCCACAGAGAAUCUCAAUGCAAAGGAGCCCGGAAUAGUUCGCUUUGGAAAGAGAUUUGCUUCUGCUUUCGGCAUUCCUAGCGUAUUGCAGAAUGUUUCUGAAAUCUGGAAGGGAACAAACGAUGGAAAUAAACCCUCGUCUCGCGACAUCGCGAUGGACAGAAAAAUCCGAGCAGAGAGAGCCUAUGCAGAACUUAAAGCGUCUGGAUACCCUGGAACUAACAAAAUGGUUUACACACACACUUACGAGCGGGCAAGAACGACGAGUCCGGUCAAAUCUGAGAAUAAAGACAACAUCCCGGCCACGGACAAGGACCUUCCUCCACCCCCUGUGGACUUCGGAUUCCUUGCAGCUCCCACCAUUCGACCUUCAAGGUCGUGUAUGUCCAUUGCACCAAGCAGAAAGAAGGCCUCGGCCGAAUGCGACUCGCGAGGUCUGCCCAAACGACCUUCGGUAAAGGAUUUAUUGCGGAAAGAAAAGCUGAAGGAGCGGCUGACGCGUAGGGUGAGCAAGUUAGAGGAAGAAUGGGAUAAAGCUCAAAGAGAACUUCGUGCCCUGUCGUCGGAAAGUGAACCCAGCUUCCCUCCUGCCCCCGUUUCUUCGGCUCGAGCCAGAAGGGCCCUCCAGCCGACGAAGCUUCCCUCUUUGCCCUCCGAGCGGCUACUCAACAACCAGAAAAGCCCAAUGAAAGGAAAUAAUAAAGCCAAGCCCGUUAUCAUGGUAGAUGUGAGCAAAUCCAGCCGUCGCGUGGCUUCGGCGGAUUCGACUCCGCGUCAAAAUCUGCGAAGGAGCGUUGCAACGAUUGCUGCAAAAGAAGAAAACGGUAAAAAGCGGCAUUCGUCCACUUCAAGCUUCGAAUAUCGAUGCUCACAGGAAAUUGAAGAAGAUAAGGAAAACGUGACUAUCUUAACUGGGAGUAAAAAGCCAGAGGAAAGCGACAGUGCGCCCACGCGCCACCAGCCGCCGAGAGAGGCAAAAACCCGUAAGAUGGGCCCCAAGCCGGGGUAUGUUCAUAUCCAGAAUAUGUCCCAUGUUUGUCUUCCUGCCUCAAAACCCAGGGACCAUGGAUACUCUUCACGUCUCAGAUCAAAGACAUCUCAGGAUAAAGCAUUUACUGCGACACCGGGGGAAAAUGGUGUUCCUCCUGUGCCUCCACUACCAGGCAAGCUCGCUAAUAGCCCCAAAAGAGGUGAGUUUGAGUGGCCUGAGGAUUGUUUCUGA